UCGCUCAUUCUGACAUCAGAGCAGACCCCUGCGCCAAUGUCACCGAGUCAUAGAAGAAGGCCAAGCGCAGACAACGUCCACACUGCUCGUUCUCCCUCUGUCGACCUCAACUUCAUCCUCGACGCAGAAGGCGAAGGCUCGUCAAGCGGAGCGCGACAACGCGCGGCGGCAGCGUGUCUGCAAUGCCGUCGCCUCAAGUCCAAAUGCCGCCGUACAGGCGACGGACGAUGCGACCGCUGCUCAACGCUCAACAUUGAGUGUGAGGUCGUCAAGUCGCGCCGCGGUCGUGUGCUCGGGUCGAGAAAUAAACGCACUGGACUCGAGAAGAGCGUCGCGCACGUUCAGGCCGCACUGGACCGGAUCCGGAAGGGCGCGCUGAGUCCCGAGGCUAAGGCCGUGCAGGUCGCGCAGAAGGAAGAGGAGCUCGGCGCGUUGCGGGCGUCAGAGCGACGCCGCACACCCGACCGCGACGUCGAGCCCGCCUCGCCGCCCUAUGACGCCGAUCUCGUGGUCGACAGCGCCCGCGCCUCCCCAGAUCCUGGAGAGCAUCCACUGCGCGUGCUGAGUGACAUCGGAUCCUCCCUCCCCGCGGCAAGCGUAGGCUGGGGCGUGCCCGGAUGGACGGGGUCGCAGCUGGCCGCGGCAAGUGCGCGUCGUCGGACAUACUUCCGCCAUCGUCCCGGCGCAGCCAAGCGUGACACUGCGGACGUGCUCGACCCCAUUUCGCGCGGCGUGGUGGACGAGGCGCUGGCUACCACGCUUGUGGCACGGUACUUUGAGAACAAUGCGCCGCAGAUCGGGUUCAUGGAUCGGCAUAUACACACAUUGCCUAAUUUGCGUGCCCGGAGUGCACUCCUCACGACUGCUGUUUUGGCGGCCGCGGCGCUGAGCACGGAACGCGAGGCCGCGCCGAGACUAUUCGCCCACGCAGAGCGUGUGCUUAUGACCGUGCUUGCGCGGAACGCUAAGAGCCCCGAGAUCGUACUCGGCCUAAUGGUGAUGCUCCUUUGGCCGAUGUGUCCCGCCCGCAUCGUCGACGACCCGAGCCGCAUGCUCCUCGCACUGGCGAUCAACAUGGCCCUCGAGCUGGGCUUGAACCGGCUCUCGCCCAGCGAGGGAGAUGAGGAGACACAACGCUUCCACCGCGACAAGGUGCGAACGUGGUGCGCCCUGUUCAUUCAAGACCGCAGUCUCGCGGCCACAUCCGGGAAGCCUUUCAUGAUUCAUGAGUUCCCGGACAUCUCUGCAAUGCGGCGGUGGCUGGAACAUCCGUACGCCACGCAUGGCGACCGCAUGAUCGUAGGAUAUCUCGAGCUGCGUCGGAUUGAGCGAGAUGCGCGUGAUCAAGUCCGCUCGGCGCAGCGGGCGUACAUGGUCGACGGAGUCCGGGCGGGUACGGGCGUGGUUCUAGAGCAGUGGCUGAUUGAGUGGCUCACACCGGAGCUAGCUGCGGCAGAACCGAUGAACAUGAUGCGUGUGCUUCAGCACCACAUCAACCUGCUAAUCAUCACAGCGAGCAGCGCACCGCCAGAGGUUGUGAUACACAACGCCCGCGCGAACUUGAGCUAUGUACUGGAGGCGUUUGGGCUGCGGAUGCAGCACGUCCUCCGUACUGUUUGUGGGAUGCUGAGUUGGGCAGCAGUGCUCCUGCUACGCCUGGAUCGGGCUGCAUCUCUCGAGCUCGUUAAAGCCGUCGCGCUUUGUAUGGCGCCAAAUGGUGAUGGACCGGACAGCUACGCCCAAUUUUACGGCUCGUUCUUGCUCGGCCUCUGCCUCGAGGCGCCCUCGGAUAACUCGCUGAGCACGGAUGUUCUCUUCACAGGCUCGCUCCCCACUUCUCUGCAGCAGUAUUCCGGUUCCACACCGUCAACCUCAUCCCAACCUCUGGAACCCGGACUCAACGCCGCACUUGUGGACGACAUGCCUUUUGAGCUGCCGUGGGACGUGCCGCAGAACGAUGUGGCGCCGAGCCUUGACUGGCUGCUGAAUGACAAUACUGCUGCAGGGGACAGCGCGCUCUGGGGAUUCGGGAGCGAUUGGGGAGGAAAUGCGGGUUGGAACGUGGACCUGACCAGUUUUAGAGCCUAAGGAGUCACAGACCAGCGUUCCCUGCCGUUCUCGGCUCCCUCAAAAUACUAUGAGUCGGGGACACGCACGAGGACAGGAGUAAUUAUGUGCAUACACUUUGUGGGUACUCAUAUCGGUAGGUACGCGUAUUCGUUUGGGACUCGAGAAUGUAUGUUGUUCUAUCGA